UCUCCAUUUUUCAAACCUUUUUCUCAAAAGUGAAAUAAAUAUAAAGUUAAAGUGCUUAUUAGUUGUUUCAGUAUGAAGACUGUACUUUUCCGAACCUCUUCCGGCUCAAUUCCGGUCCAGACGCCGGUAGUUCCCGGUACAUCUAAGGUUUCCGUUCCGGGUCGUGAAUCCAUCAGUGGAGUGCUUAACGGAGAGAAGAAGAAAGGAUGUUCUUUUCCUAGGGUUUCUCUGCAUUUGGAAGUAAGCCGUCGGAGUAUACGCCGGGCUUCUUCGGAGUCCAACGUGAUCCGGUCGGCGAUUGAAGGCCCUGGUGUAACAAGGACGUUGAGUAAGGUCGGAUCGACGUCAUUUCCGGCAAUAAUACCGGAGGAGGAUUGUGGUACCGAGCAGGACGAGUUGGAGGUUUUGCGAAGUAUUGGAUCGCUGAGUUUAACGGAAGAUCAAAGUAGUUAUGCUGAAGAUUGGCCGCAGAGCGGUAUUCCUACCGAUGAGCUCGGAUUUCCCGGCGGUGGAAUCGGCAAAAACAGAAAGUUCCCCGGCGGAGGCGGCGGUAGAGGUGAAUCGGACGCUAGUAGUAACUCCGAUCCGAAGAAAAUUGGAGCGUACUAUAAGCAAAUGUUGAAGUCCGAUCCUAUGAAUUCUCUUUUUCUUAGAAACUAUGGCAAGUACUUGCAUGAGGUGGAGAGAGAUUAUGUGAAAGCUGAAGAAUGCUACGGAAGAGCUAUACUGGCAAGUCCAGGAGAUGGAGAAGUGCUUUCUAUGUAUGGCAAAUUGGUUUGGGAGAGUGAACAACACGAGAGUAGAGCCAAAUCUUACUUCGAUCAAGCUGUUCAAGCUUCUCCUGACGACUGCACUGUGUUGGGAUCGUAUGCAAAAUUUAUGUGGGAAGCAGAAGAGGACGAUGAAAAAGAAGAAGAGAUGGAGAGAAAAACGGUAGCAGCAGGAGCUGCCAUGAUUACAGCUUACUAACAGGAAACAGGUAGAAAAAGCGGAGUAAUAAAAAUUUCUAUAUGCUCACCUUCUUCGGCUUCAAUUUGGAAAGCUAGUAUUAGAGCUAACUUAUGUUCUAUGCACUUGUAAAAUGUUUAACGUAAUAUAAUGCUGUAAUAAAAGAGGAAUAUGUAACUAAAAUUAAUUAACUACAUCAAUGAGGGGAAGUCGAUCGAUCGAGGAAGAGAAGAAACUGGAAAUUAUGAGGGUCCUCUUUGUACAGCUCUUUAACUAUUUGUGCUCUUGUAAUUCUGAUUUAGCUCUGGAAUGAGAUUAUUAAGCCUUCCCUUUUGUGUAUCAA